UUCUCUCUCUCCUCAGAUGUAGCUUCAAAAGGACAAGAGGAAAGUUUGCCUUUUUGCCUCCCUUCGAGGAAAAAUGCAAGGUGCUUUAAUAGGCUCCUGGCACAACAGUGGUUUCUACGGGCACUACCGCGGUCAAGUCAAGAGUGAAAGUGCCGGACAAUACCGUCUUGCUGCAAAGCCCCCGCCUCCAGCAGUGUUCCUACAGAGAUGUGAGGAGCCAGUUAAACAACACUACUUCUCCAAGCAUGACAACCGUACUUCCUACGACAAAGGUCCCUACUGCCUACUGCAGGGAAUCGGAAGACGGAAAGACCUGGAGCGCCUGUGGAAGAGACACACCUUCCUACGCUGGGCACCCUGCGAACUGGAAUUGAGCCAGCAGCCACCUCUGGAAUCAUCCUACCAGACUGAUUUUCGGUCAGGCACAGGACUCAGUCAGCUCCCCCAGCGCUUGGUCGAGUUUAUGCAGGUCCAGCCUCCCUAUGCCAACACCACUUACCAACAUAACUUCUGCCAGCCAUCCCGGGGUGGUCAUUGUGGUAUCGUCAAGUUAAGGCCCCAUGAGCCAGUCCCUGAAACACUGCCCGGCCUCCCAGGAAUCCCCAAACCCAAGUUGCUGCAGCACUACCUCCACGCCGGAGUUUCUGAGUGUUUAGACUGGUCCCAAGCACUAAAACGGUUCUGCUGA